AUGUGCUCCCCGAAGAAGCCCUACAACCCGGUGCUCGGGGAGUUUUACCGAUGCCAGUGGAAGCUCGAUUGCGGGGCCAGGGCUUUCUUCCUUUCCGAGCAAGUCAGCCAUCAUCCCCCAGCCAGCGCCUAUUUCUACUCCAUUCCGCGGUAUAACAUCUCCAUUGAGGGGGUGGUUGGGCCGAAGUCCAAGUUUCUCGGCAACUCCGCCACCUCCAUCAUGAAUGGCUUUUCCAGGGUCACGCUCGGCCGACGUGGGGAGACGUAUCUCGCGUCGCUGCCGAACUACUAUGUCCGUGGCCUGCUCAUUGGGCAACUGAGCAUGGAGCUCUGCGACGAUGCGUAUGUCAUCUGCCCGGAGACUCGCCUGGCAACGGAGGUCCGCUUUCGCGCGAAGCCCCUCUUCGGAGGCACGCCCGGACGCAUCGACGGAACCAUCGGCCGGAUAGUCCACUACCAGCCGCCCGAAGCCCUGACAGAUAUCAGCUUCGUCCUAAACAAGGAAGCGCGCAUUGUUUCGACCGAAGCGCGCAUCGGCGGCCGCUGGGACCGGGCCUUUUCGGUCACCUUCAAGAAUCCCUCAUGCGGGGUGCCCAUUCGCUUCGACAGUGCCAUCGAGCCCCUGGCCCGGAAGGCGGUGCCCGCCCCGGCCGAGCAGCAUCCCUACGAGUCCCAGAGGAUUUGGCAGCACCUGACCCGGGCCCUGCAAGAGGGGGACUUCACCGCGGCCGAGGAGGCAAAGGCACUGGUGGAAAACCACCAGCGCGACCUACGCGUCGCACGCACGGCCCAAGCCAGCGAGAUCCGCCGCACGGAGCAGCAGGCCCAGUCGGACCCCCAGGUCAAUGGCAAUCCGCCGGUGGCCUCCUCCGGGGACAUGUCGGCCCCGGUGGCACGCACACGCACCGAAGUCGGCCGCCCUCCAACCCCGGAGGAUGACGCCCAGCGGACGAAUGGCGACGCGGAGCCCGGGGCUGCUGCCGACUUGCGGCCCCUGCUGGAAGCCCGGGAGCUUUGGCUGCCACGCUUUUUUGAGGGGAGCCUGGCCGAGGGAUAUCGGCUGCGGGAGUCCCUGCGAAGGGAGUACGACGCGGCUGCCGGUCUGGAGGACGACCAGCUGACCGACUCGCCGUCACGACAGGAGCUCCAUUGGGCUCGGUCGCUGGAGGCCGCGGUAUCCGGCGACUUGAUUCCCGACACCCACACCGCCGAGGGGUAUGACCCGAAGUUGCUGCAGGCCCUCGACCGCAUGCGAGAUGAGCGCCUGAUGCUGCCGGUCGAUCGCGAAGAAAUGGCCCGCCGGUAA